AUGAUUAGUGAAACCAGAAGUAUAAACAACCUCCCAACUACAUCUACUCCAACUACUACCACUACUGCAACAGUCACUACUACCACGAUCACAGCAGCCAAUAAAGAGCAUCUACUACGCAAAGCAAAAUCAACCCCAAAAUUAAGAUCAUCAACCACUACUACAACUAAAUCUAUCAGCACUACCAAGAAAUCAAAAAAACAAUCAAGUUCAGGUAUUUCUUCGUUAUUCAGGAAAUUUUCAAAUUUUCUAUCUAAAAUUAAAACCAUUUCUGACGACGUCUUAAAUCAUCCCGACGAUUUUGAUUUAUUUAUUGAAUAUCCAAUGCUGCCUUCCUCAACAAACUUCAAUAAUAACUCCACUAUUGAUGAGCGGUUUUUACAAGAUUACAAAAAAUUCAAAUCUUUGGAUUUACUAGCUGAACAUUACAAGAAUAAUACACCACCUAAACAAAUUACUAGUACUGGAACAAAUACUGCUAAUGACGUUAAAUCUUCUUCAACUAUGACUUCAACUUUACAAGAUUUUAUGCGUAAGCAGUCAAAUCAAGAAAUACUACCCACCUCAGACGAAUUUUUACUGGAUGAUAUCAUCCAAGCAGACGAUGAAGAUGAUGAAGACAAUGAAUCAACUUCUGGGAAAGUUUUAUUUCAUGAUAUUGAUAUUAUAGAAUUAAGAAAAGAAUUUGAAACUUGGGUUAAUAGUAAAAGUACCACUGAUACCGAUUCAAAAUCAACUUUAUUAUCACAGUCAAACAUUGGAUCUAAUUUGUGGGAAUAUCGUCGAAGUAAAUGGUUACAAUGUGAUGAUCCAAAUAAAUUAAAUAAUAGAUUAAAACAAACUUCAAUUUCCUAUAUCCCCAAGGAUUCUUAUGUGCAAAUUUAUUCAAGUUUAAUUGAUAAGAACAAAACCCUUAAAAAUGAUAAACAUAUUAAUUUACUGGAUUUAUUAAAGAUCAUAAAUGCUGGUUGGAUAGCUGAGGACAAAUGGGAAAGAGCCGCUAGGGGGUUACCUUGA